AUGUCAGCCGACCUUGUUGAGUGGAUCUCGCUCCUCGCCAACUACUCGCUGGACCAAUCAGACGUGGCCCAGUACCGCGAGGAGUUCCAGAGCAUCGUGGCUCUCCAACUCGCGUGCCAUCUGAGCCCGCAGGAUGCGCACACGCUGCUCCUGCUGCUCACGCGGACGCUCGAGCGCGAGCCGCAUGUGGUAUGGCACACCCGGGAAGACUCGAUCCACGUGGUGGCGCUCGCCUUCUUUAAGUUCUUCCCCAUGCUCGCGCCGUCACCGCAGGGCACGCCCGAAUGGCUCGUCCCGCACGCCGAGACUAUGCUCGCGCUGCUGCUGGAGACGCUGGCCACCCGUGACCCGCAUCUCCACACCAGCCUUGUGGCCAACCUCGUGGCGCUGCUGAUGGAGCUGGUGUGUCUCCUGAGCGACCACGCUGUGGUGGGUGGUGAGCAGUGUCCCGACGACCCCUUCCUCGGCACCAUCCUCGUCUACGGUGCAGACCUGGCGUUUGGCCUCGACAAGGAUGCGCCACCGCCGCCCGCCUCGCGUCCGGCCUCGCUUGGGGCUUCGCCGGUCCAGCAAGGCGAAUCGGCGCCACGGCAGACUCUGGAUGUUGCGUCGUUCGACCAGAUCCUGGCCUACAUCUCGGGCCUGUUUGGCUUGCUAACGCCUGUCGCUGCCGCGGCAUCCGGCAGUGUUGUCGACGCUCUGCUCCCCCUCCUCGAGCCGCUCCUUCUCGUCAUCGCCUUUGUCCACGACGAUACCCUUGUUGCCCGUGCCCUCCGGCUCGCCGCUGCGUACAUUGCUUCGCUUGACACUGCGCCGCACGACACCCACGUCAAGCUCGUCGUCACUGCACUCGCGCUGGUCAAGCCCGACGCCGAUUGCGCUGUCGGCAGCGACUCGCUUGUCGCGCUCCACCAGGUCAUCGUCGCAGCCCUCCACCGCCCUGCCAUUUGUCCGCUCCUUGUCUCACGUAUGCCCGAGCUUGUCGCUGCCAUCGGCCACCUGAGCGCAUCUCUGUCCGGCGGAGGCAAAGAAGAGACCCAGCAACUGGUAGCGCUCCUUGCUGCCAUCAUCGAGCUGACAACCGGUAUGGUCGAUGCCGGUGCGCAGUAUGAGCUGCAUGCCCAAACCCUAGUCCACUACGCCGAGACGCUUCCCAAGUCGCUCUUUCCCCUCCUUGGUGAGCCUCAGCUCGCCAAGCAGGCGUCCGGCCUCAUCACCGCCCUCCUCUGCGGCUCUGAGUCGAGCGCCGCCAGGUAUGCACGGCUCGAGCGCGAUUGGCACAUUGACGCAGCUAUCGCCGCCGAGCAAAUGGUUGUGGGCUUCAGCCGAAGUGCUCAACAACCGGGGUUGGCGACCACAAAGCGGCGGCGGAUCUCUUUUGAAGACCACGACCGCUCGCUUGCGUCGGACACGCUCAUUGCCGCCCGCGAGCGCAGCGCUGAGCCAGCUGCCUCGUCGGCGUCCGAGGACGACGUCAGUCUUGCGGCGCUCUCGCAGUCGCGCCGAGGCCGACGGGGCGGCCCCCACAAGCGGCGCGGCGGUCCGCCGCCGCACCAGGCUGGCAUCGGCGUGCCGCCGCCAUCGCGGGCGCCAGUCCAUGCUGUCGCCUCGCUUCCGCGCUCGACUGCAGCGUCAGCUAUAGUCGCCGGCCUCCUCGAGCUUGUCGAACAGGAGCUCGCCCGGUCAAACGACCUGAGUCUGGACGAGCGCGUGGCUGCGCUCCGCCGCGCCGCCAGUGUCUUUGGGCUGGUCGCGCUGUUUCCGUCGGCGCGCUGCCUGCGAAUGUCGGCGUCUCUUCUCCUCGACUCGCCUGCGCACGCUAUUCUGGUUCUUGGCCACUCGUGCGCGCUCAACGAGGUUGCGUCUUGCAUCGAGUCGCUGUUCCCGUUUGUGGCGCUUGGCUCGCGAGCCGAGUUUGUCGAUGCGUGCGCGCUCUUCACCGAGGCGGUUGUCUCGCUCGACGGCCCGACCCGGCCGGAUGCUGCGCUUGCCGUCUACGCUGCACUCCCGCAUGUCGGAGCGCAGCUGGAGGUCAAGCUCGACUUGUUUGCCACCGCGAUCAAGUCGGACACACCACCAGAGACGGCGAGGCCGCUACUGAGGGCGCUCCCGCUCGUCAUCACCUCGCUCCUUCGCAACGUCGACCACGAUACGGCCCGAGUCCAGGUUGACGCGUUCCUCUUUCCGGCAGCUGCACUCCUGGCUUCGUCCAAUGCAACGUCUGAGGACUUGCUCCUUGAUCUUGGCCGCGCGCUCAGCGCUUCGCUCUGCAUCUACGCCGCGAGCACGCACGGGCGGGAGGUUGUCGCUGAUGCCGUCGCUGAAGCGCCACUGGGUACGCCCGAAUGCUCGGUGAGCGCCGCGCAGGUUUGUGCGCUUGCCAGCGCGCUAGUGCCCGACGAUGCGGUGCUCGCCAUCGCUCCGCCCGGCGCAGCCAACGCGCUCGGAGCAGCGUCGAUGCUGUUUACCUCGGCAGCACGGAAAACGUUCUCGCUCUACCCUGUUGCUGUUGCUCGGCUGGAGACGACGCACCGUGUUCCGUGCUUCUGGUGCCAGUCGGCAAACGCGGCAAGCAAGCCCGGCACGCUCACCUCGAUCCGAUUCCCGGAGCUCGAGCCUGCAUUAGAGCGGAUGGCGCGGGCCGAGUCGAGCAGGGUGCGGGAGCUUGCGCUGAGCACUCUCCUCCCAGCAGGGCUCUUCCACGCCAUCAGCGAUCGCGACACGCUCUCGCCGUCGCAGCCGGGUGCACCACAGUGGGCCUCGAUGUGGCGGGUUGCGCUAGACUCGCUCACCACGCCAGACGCCCAGGGCCAUGCUGUUGUCGGGGCCACCUGCCGGGCGGUGCUCUACCGAGCCAGCGCCGAGCUCUCUCCGGCCGACGCCGCCGAGCUGCUUGUCGAGCUCAAAGACGUGGCCGAUGCGCACGAAGCCGCUGGCGACCUCGAGAUGCAGCGAAGCGUGCUGCGUGCGCUCGGCGAACUGGGGACGGUUGCCGAGCCGGCAGUGCUCGCGGUCAUUGUGUUUGCGGUGAUGGCACCGAUGCUGCGGCCGCGGUCGCGGCACGAUGAUGUGCUGGCCGGUGAUGGGCACUGGAUCCUGAGCCAGAUGCUGCGGUGCCGUGGCGAAGACUUUGGCUCACUGCUUGACCUGGUGGCGCCGCAUCUCGCGCCGAUUCUGGUAGCCAAGCUGGCCGACUCGAGCACUGAGCUCGGGUUUGUCAUGCACCUCUUGUUUGGCACGCAGCUGGCGAGUUUUCUCCGCUCGACGCUGCGGUACUCGAUCCCGGCCAUUGUGCUUGCACAGUCGCGGGCGAACCUCGCGCAGCUUGCCAAACUGCUUGAGGCUGACCCCGCGAGGCUGCUGCUGAUGGCGAUUGAUCACACUAUUGUCUACUUUCUCACCGAACGCAAGGACGCGUUCACGGCGGCGAUGACCUUUUGCGUCGAGUACAUCGAUGUGCCGCCGCCCAAGCUGCUGCGAACGUCGAUGGUGGACGUGCUCAAGCUGCUGGUGCUCAAGCUGGGCAACGACGCGCAACAGCCGGCGGCCAUUGCCGCGCUCAAGUUUCUGGCAUACGUGGUAGAUAAGGACGGACUGCGGCGUGAGCGCGCGCUCGAGUCGCAGCCGUCUUUCCGGUCGGUCGACCUCGGCAAGCUCCUCUCGCCGCACUUUCUGGGCAUUCUCGACACCGCCAACUCGGCGCUGGCAGCCGAGACGUCGACGACGUGGAACAAGCGCGAGGUGGUCGCUGCGCUUGCACGGCUCAUCGAGUGCAUGGACGUGCACAUUGGACCGAUGCGGCUGCAGCUUCUGGGGACGCUCUCGCGGGCCAUGGAGCAGCCGGAGCUCGUGGCCGAGGCGUGCAAGGCGUGGAACGCGUUUCUCAACGUGUACUCGGUCGAGGCCAUGGGUGCCAUGCUCACCUCGGUGGUGGUCAUUCUGGCGGCGCAUGCGCAGGCUGCGCCCAAGGCCGCGCUGCCGAUUCUUCGGCGCAUCUUUAUGGACAACUCGGAGGCCAUCGCACCGCUGCUCAAGGACCUUGUGCUAGUCAUCGACGCGAUGCUCGCUGCCAAUGCGCACGAGAUGGCGAACAUGCUGCGGAAGCAGCUCGUCCAGCGCCCGUUGCAGGAGCUCAUCAGCCUUGUGGUUCGCGGCCUCGGGCACGACUCGCCCAAGGUUCGGCUCAUGUCACUUGUCUUUCUCCGCAACAACGUGCUCCUCCUCAAGACCCGGCCCAAGGUCCGGUACAUGGUGCUGGUGGCGUCGGGCACGCUCCCGCCGGCGCAGGUGGCCACGAUGCUCGGACUGCAACAAUCGAUGACAAAGGAGAAGCUCGAAGAGCUGAGGCAGAUCGCCGAGAAUUCGGCCGACGUCGGCGCGCUCCUUCCCGCCCUCCUCGAGUGCUGUACCGAAUCUGACGAGGCGAACCGGCGAGCCGCCGGCGAGGCUCUCGGCGCGCUUGGCGCCCUCGACCCGGCCCUUGUUGUCCGGCGGAACGGGCGGAGCGGGUCGGUCAAGGCCAGCUUUGCUUGCGACGAGCCGUCACUCAUUGUGGAGCUCAUCGAGACGCACCUCCUCCGGGCGCUGGCGCGGAUGCAGGGUUCCGACGAGCAGGUCUUUGCCUCGUACACCAUCCAGGAGCUGCUGAGCGUGGGCGGGUGCAACGCCGAGACGCCUGCGCGAGCCAAGGGCCUCCUCAACUGCGAUACCAUCCACCAGCAAGGCGUGGCGGUGUGGCGCAAGCUCUCGACGCGGGCGCGCGAGAUUGUGCAACCGUUCCUCUCCACCGGCUACACGGUCAGCCUUGUGGCGCCGAUCGAGGGCGAGGUCUUUGUGGCGCUCGACGCCGACAAAGCGUCGUACGAGGGCUGGCUCUCGGGCUGGGCGUACCAGCUCACGUGCAUGGCUGCUGGUGAGUCGGCGGAGCUCUUUCAGGCCUGCCGAGCGAUUGUGCAGAUCGAUGUCAGCGUGGCACAGGUCCUCCUCCCACACCUUGUGCUCAACGUUGUGAGCAUCAUGCCCGAGAGCGGCGGCGGCGGGCGAGCCGGCUCGCGGACAGCAACCACGCCGAUAUACCUUGACGCGCUCGUUUCCGAGAUUGUGGCGGUGCUCUCGGCCGGUUCCAGCCAGUCGGCCCGCAGGCUGCCGGCAAGCGUGGUCCAGCCUGCGAUGCAGACCGUCUUUACGCUCCUCAAGCAGCUCGAGGACUUGGUGGCGAGCGAGCGGCGGGCAGAAGCGGCGGCGCGGAAGCACAACGAGCGACGGUCGUCGCGGACGUCGCCGGCGCGGUCGCGGUCGCGGGCGCGCGGGCGCGGGGCGAGCGGGGUCGGGCGGCGACAAACGCCGCGGGCGCUUGCCGGCGUGACCAAGCUGCUGAAAGCCAUUCCGCACUCGCUCCUCGCGCAGGCCUCGGUCCAGUGCGGAGCUCACGCGCGCGCGCUGUGGCACAUGGAGGCGGCGUGUCGAAGCAAGCAUGCGGUGAUGGCCGAGGCCGAGGCCCAGCCGGGCUCUGUGGUGGCGCAGGCGGCCAAGGCGGCGCAGCUUGCGGCCAAGGUGCGUGGCGGGCCGGGCGGCCAGGGCGCAGCAGCGCUGCUUGCGACGGCGUCGUCCAACUCGACGAUCAACCACGUGACGCCGAUCCUGGCACGGCUUGUGCUGUCGAGCUCGGAGCUUGCGCUGAUGCAAGAGGUGUUUGCGCGGGUUGGCGACCCGGACCUCAAGGUCGCGCUCUCGGCAUUCCGCAAGUCGCUCUCGCUCGACGAGCAGAUUCUGGAGCUGAAGAACAGCUCCAAGUGGGACGAUGCGAUCUCGUGCUACGAGCAUGCUCGCGAGGUCGACCCGUCGAACGCCGAGUACGUCAUCGGCCUGCUCGAGUGCCUACAGCACACGGGGCGGUGGGAGCUGAUGCUCUCGCUGGUCAACGCGCACAUCACAUCGAAGCUUGUGACGACGACGGCGGACGCGGCAGCGUCAAUAACCGAGUACGGCCUUCACGCCGCGUGGCGGCUGGGCAAGUGGGACAUGCACGAGUUUUACGACUCAGUCCUUCCGGCCGGACUCGCGCGGCGGGGUGGCAGCAUGGGAGGUGGAGCCGGCAAGCCGUCGUUUGAGAUCCACGUCUCGAAGCUCUUGCUGCUAAUGCGAGCGCAGGAGGCGGCGCCGUUUGCCGACGCGCUCGAGACAGCGCGCGCCGACGUGGCGGCUAGUCUGGCCAUCGGCGUAGCUGACUCGUACUCGCGUGCGUACACCGAAAUGGUCCAGCUCGGCCUCCUCAUCGAGCUGGAAGAGGCGUUUGCCUUUCGCGGGCUAAGCGCCAACGCUGCCGAAGCGCGGAACCUGCUCGCCGAGUGGCAGUCGCGACUGGAGCUGCUCUCUGCCUCGACGGAAGCGCGUGCGCUGACGCUGCAUGUGCGUGCAUCGGCACUGCGCGUCCUCGGCUGGGCGCAGGACGAGGGCGCGGCGUGGGUGGUGCUUGCGGGCCUGUACUGCGACUCGAAGCGGUUCCCUGCAGCGACGACAUCGCUUCUUCGGGCGCAGGAUCUGGGCCUCACUGUGUUUGUCGAGUCUGCCAAGGUCAUGUGGGCGCGCGGCGAGCAGGAGGACGCACUGUCGUUCCUGGAGAAGGAGGCGGCGUUUGUGGAGGCGCGCGCGAUUGAGCAGGCCGAGGAGCUCUCAACCGGAGCGUUGUCGGAAGUUUCGGCCCGGACCGGAGCCGGCGAAAGCGGCCGGCGCGAGAAGAAGCGUGCUGAGACGUUGCUGCUGAUGGCACAGUGGAUGGAGGCAACGAACAAGCUGUACAAGCGGACGAUUCAGCGGUACACACAGGUGACCAAGACGUACCAAAAGUGGGAGGAAGGCUCGUUCUACCUCGGCCAGUACUACGAUCGCCUCCUGCGCGAGUUCAAGAAGCAGUUUGUGCUCGCGGCGGAGCGGAAGAAGCGGCGACGGAAGGGUGGCAGCUCGGCAGGAGCGACGAUGGCGACGAGCGCAGACAUCCAGCACCCAGACUUUCUCACAUACCUCCAGCAAGUGCUCAAGUACUACGGGCGGUCACUGCUCUACGGGGCAGAGCACAUUUUCCAGUCGCUGCCGCGGAUCCUCACACUCUGGCUCGACUUUGGCAUGGAUGUGCACGCGGCUGGGCCGAGCGGCUCACCGCGGUCCAAGGGCGGGAAAGGCAGCGCCGCGCGUGACGGCACGCCAGCAGAGACGUUGAAGCAGUGCAACAAGUUCAUGUUGCAGCUGCUGAGCCGAAUGUACGAGCAUCAGUGGCUGGUGGCGUUCUCGCAGGUCAUCUCGCGCAUCGCGCACCCUGUCAAGUCUGUGUACGAGGUCUUGGAGCAGAUCAUCCUGCACGUCAUGCGGGCGUUUCCGCAGCAGGUGCUGUGGAGGCUAGUGGCGGUGGCCAAGCUCAACGGCGUGCGGCGAGAGCGUGCGCUAGACUUGCUCAAAAAGGCGGAGCAGUUUGGCGGCGAGAUGAAGCGGCUCAUUGCCGAGUUCCGCGACGUGACCAACGCGUUCCUCGAGGUGUGCAACAUAAGCUUGCCCAAGACAAAGUUCGAGAUUACGGUCUCCAAGUCGCUUCCGCGGCUGAGGGAGAUCAUGCCGCUGAGCGUGGUCAUUCCGCGGCAGGCAGCGCUCUCGGCAUCGCCGCUGAGCGGGUCCGAGGCGCACUACGUCCCGUUUCCGGCAGACCUGCCGUGCAUCGAGUCUGUGGCAGACAAGAUCGAGGUCCUGCGAUCGCUGGCCAGGCCGCGCAAAGUGACCAUCCGCGGCUCGGAUGGCAACUCGUACUUUUUCCUCUGCAAGCCCAGAGAUGACCUGCGGCGCGAUGAACGGGUCAUGGAGGUCCACACCAUGCUUAACAAGCUCAUGAAGCGCGAUGCCGAGUCGCGGCGGCGGCGGCUGCACAUCCGCACUUAUGCAGUCGUUCCGCUCAACGAGGACUGCGGCCUCAUCGAGUGGGUGAACAACACAGUGCCGCUGCGGCCCAUUCUCAACCGGUUCUACUCGGAAAUUGGCGUGAACAAUCUCUCGUCGUCGCUCCGGAAUUGGUACAAGGAAGCGAGCGAUGCCGGCGUCUCGCAGAUCGACCUCUACGCUGACAUCCUGCGCAAGCUCCCGCCGCAGCUGCACAAGUGGUUCCUGGCCGAGUUUGCCGAACCAACGGCGUGGUUGCAGGCGCGGACGGCAUACUCGCGAUCGCUGGCGGUCAUGUCGAUGGUGGGCGCAGCCAUCGGGCUCGGCGACCGCCACACCGAGAACAUUCUGUUCGACUCGCAGAGCGGCGAGGUUGUCCACGUUGACUUUAACUGCAUCUUCUGGAAGGGCAGCUCGUUUGAGACGCCUGAGCUGGUCCCCUUCCGGCUCACCCCCAACAUUGUCGACGGCCUUGGCCUCACCGGAUAUGAGGGCCCGUUCCGGUCGGUCUGCGAGAUUGUGCUCCAGCUGCUGCGCAACAACAAGGAUGCGCUGCUUUCGGUGCUCGAGUCGUUUAUCCACGACCCGCUCAUCGAGUGGGCACGCGGCAAGUCGGCGGCGCGCGAUGCCGCCGGCGGCGGCGGCGGCGCCAAUCCGCACGCGCUCAAGGUCAUCCGCCUCAUCGAGCUCCACCUCGAGGGCCGCAUGGUCGACGCCUCGUUCUGGAUGUCGACGCCGUCGCACGUCCAGCAGAUGAUCGACGAGGCGACAUCCAAGACCAACCUGUCGGCCAUGUUCAUCGGCUGGGCUCCGGCGCUGUAGCGACGACCGUGGGUCGCAGGGUGUAAACCACGCAGACGUCGGAAACGUCUUACGACGAGUCAGAGUCAGAGUCAGAGUCGGGCUCGUCCCGCGG